UUUUGUUUUCACAUUAAUACCAAAGACCCUUUUACAAGAACCUCCUCCUUUCCCAUGAAACAACUGACUUUUCAAAGUCUUUUCUUAAGCACUUAGUCAAUCUCUCUUUCUCUCUCACACAGACACAGUGUUUCUGGGUUAUGCAUUUGAAGCUUCCUGUCCGAGAGUGAAGUUCUUCAAAACUUCUAAGCAGGUGUAGUUCAUGAGAAAUGGCUGAUUCAGAAAAAGAUGAGGUGCCGAUGCUGAUGGGUACUCAGCAACAAUCAUUUGGUGAACAUACUGACUCAUCGCGCAGAAGGUCUGUCCCAUGGAGCCGGAGUGCUUCACUCUCCAUUGACAUGAGUUCCAUGGAUUCAGAUGAGAGAGAAACCAAUUUUGUAGGCCAUACUGGCCCCUUGAGGAGUCAGAGAACUCCAUUUGUUCCAAUGAGCGGUCCAUUAUAUUCUAACCACAGAGUUGAUAGUCUUCUGCGGCCAAGUCAAGCCGCCACAGGGCUGAAAGAAGGGGAGCCUAAGAUAGAGAAGUAUCCCUCCAUAAAGCAUAUUGAUUGGCCUGAUGAUGACAGAUUAGCCAGAAAAAAUGACCACUUACUAAGAUCUGGGCAAUUGGGAAUGUGCAACGACCCUUACUGCACAACAUGCCCAUCUUAUUACAGUUACAAAGCUCGUCCCCAGACCCAGAAUCAGUACAAAACUUAUUCCAACUUCCAUAAUGCUCUCUAUGGGGAUGCUAAAGGUUGGGCGAGGAGAUUUUUCUCUUGUUUGAAGCUGUAUAUACCUCCAGUAAUGAACCCCCACGCUAAAGCCGUACAGAAAUGGAUCAAAUUUUUUGUCAUUUCUUGCUUGAUAGCAAUUUUUGUAGAUCCAUUGUUUUUCUUCUUGCUAUCAGUUCAGAAGGAUAACAAAUGCAUAGUCAUCAACAUGCCCAUGACAAAAGUACUUGUAGUUUUCAGAAGCUUGACUGAUUUUGUAUACUUAUUGCACAUGCUUCUUCAGUUUAGGUUGGCUUAUGUGGCUCCCGAGUCUAGAAUUGUUGGUGCUGGAGAGUUAGUUGACCAUCCGCAGAAGAUUGCCCGCAAUUACUUUCGAGGAUGUUUUUUUAUUGACCUUUUUGUUGUAUUGCCACUUCCUCAAAUCAUUAUAUUAUUAGUUCUACCAAAUCACUUGGGGACAUCUGGAGCAAACUAUGCAAAAAAUCUUUUACGUGCUGCAAUCCUUGCUCAGUAUGCUCCAAGGUUGUAUAGGUUUUUACCUAUGCUUGCUGGUCAAUCUCCAAGUGGCUUCAUAUUUGAGUCAGCAUGGGCAAAUUUUAUAAUCAAUCUUCUAACCUUUGUGUUGUCUGGCCAUGUUGUUGGAUCACUCUGGUACCUCUUUGGGUUACAGAGGGUUAACCAAUGUCUCCGAGAUGCUUGCAAUGACACCAACCCCAAGCUAUGCAAUUUCAUAGAUUGUGGACAUGGAAAUGUUGAGGAGGAAGGUAAUACAAAUAUACUGAAGAUCAAUUGGAUUCGUAAUACUAUCAAGGCCAAUAUUUGCUUUUAUGAAGAAGAUGGUUUUUCCUAUGGAAUCUACAUGAAAGCUGUGAACCUAACAGCUGAGCCCAAUGUGAUAACUCGAUAUGUAUAUUCACUGUUCUGGGGGUUCCAGCAAAUCAGUACUCUAGCUGGAAAUCUAGUCCCGAGCUAUUUUGUUUGGGAAGUUGUUUUUACAAUGGCGAUCAUUGGACUUGGCCUCUUGCUUUUCGCUCUUCUCAUUGGAAACAUGCAGAACUUUCUCCAAGCUCUUGGAAAAAGGAGGCUAGACAUGUCACUGCGGCGUCGAGAUGUUGAGCAAUGGAUGAGCCACCGACGCCUACCGGAUGGGCUUAGAAGGCGAGUACGGCAGGCUGAAAGGUACAGUUGGGCAGCCACCAGAGGGGUUAAUGAGGAAAUGCUUUUGGACAAUUUGCCUGAAGACCUUCAAAGAGAGAUAAGACGCCAUCUCUUCAAGUUUAUCAAGAAGGUUCGAAUAUUUGCUCUCAUGGAUGAUCCAAUUAUAGAUGCCAUUUGUGAAAAACUUAGGCAAAAAACCUACAUCAAAGGAAGCAAAGUUUUGUAUGUUGGUGGUUUAGUUGACAAGAUGACUUUUAUAGUUCGUGGAAAAAUGGAGAGUGUUGGAGAAAAUGGGAUUACAGAUCCUUUAUCAGAAGGGGACGUGUGUGGGGAAGAAUUACUUACAUGGUGUCUUGAGCACUCUUCAGUAAACAAAGAUGUGAAAAAGAUCCGGAUUCCAGGAAAGAGAAUGCUAAGCAACAGAAGGGUGGUGUGUUUGACAAAUGUAGAAGCAUUCUCCCUCCGAGCUGCUGACCUUGAAGAAGUUACUAGUCUCUUCUCAAGGCUAUUGCGAAAUCCACGCGUUCAAGGAGCCAUAAGGUAUGAAUCACCUUACUGGAGAGGAGUUGCAGCAGCGCGCAUUCAAGUAGCAUGGAGAUACCGAAAGAAACGCCUGAGCCGAGGAGAUACCUCUCAGUCAAGCCCGUCAUGCAGCAAGUGAGCUGUUGAUCUUUUCUGCUUAUUUGUUUAUAAUGUAAAUAAUCCAUAAUGUAUAUUAGGACCAACUAAUGAAGAUCUAGAACUUGUUUCGAGCCUGCAUUGUGAAUCACCCUAGCUAGUAGUUCACAAUGUUGAAAUUAAAAAAAUACUAUGAGAUUAGCAUAAAUAUAAUAGCAUGAGUUGUAUUUGCAGAUGUAUUCAUUUAGUGUAGCCUAAUUAUUAGGUGAUUAUAUAUCUAAAGCUUAUUCUUUCUACUAUUUUUGACAGACAAACAUACUUUCUUAAUAAGUAAUAAAUUCAUGCAGAUUUCUUUUUCUCUCA